UGGCCUCACCAUCUCCGAAAUUCUUUCCAUAUGAAUUAUUCUUUUUAAUAAUUAUUCUUGUGUCUUUAUAAAAACAAAUUGACAUUCAUAAAUGUUCCUAUUUAAACAAUUACAUUCUGUAUAUAUUAUUCAAGUGUUAGAUAAAACUUUUCUAGUGCAACUCGAAGCAAGGUUUCGUUCUUCACUGAAGAAUUUCGUCGUUCGUCGAAGAAAAAGUUUUCAACAAAGACGUCGCUGUUAUUCUCGGCACGUAAUAAUUUUCGCACGUUUGCAGAUGGAUGGCGCGAAAUUACAUGAUAUAUUAAAAUGUUAUAUGUGUACAUCAGUUACGGAUAAAGAUUGCGGGAAUGAUAUAACAAAAUCAAAGGCAAUUGAGCCUACGGAAUGUACGAUGGAAGAAAUGACAAAGUGGCAGAACACUAUUCAACAGAAUAAGUUACUUACGCCAAUUUUUAGUAUUUUUGCUGUAGAUAAUCCUCGACAUGAUCAAAGUAUGUUGAAGAAUAUGGCAUGUGCCAAAGUCGAUACCAAAAUUCAAGGCCAGGACAAAAUAGUGACGAUAAGAAGUUGCCAAACGGCACAAGCAUUAAAUGUUGAUCCUUGCACGUCGAUAAAUGGCAAACUUGGUGGUGGCAUGGAAUAUUGUGGAUUAUGCGAAGAAAAUGGUUGCAACGGUUCGAUAACGAUUUCCCCAAGUAUCAGUAAUAUUAUUUUCAUUGUUCUUGGAUCAUUUGCCUUUGUUCUUAUCCUUUACAUAGAUGCAUAACCUCCAACAUUCUCUAUCACCUCCCAUUUUCCAAAUUAAUCCGUAAAUUCAUGUCCACUUUCGAAUCACAGUUAUCGUCGUUGCAUACGACCUCUUUCUAUCAUGAAAAUUUCUCCUAUCCUCCCGUUCCCCAAGUGUCCAAAGCAAUUUCAGCAUAAACCACGAUGUUUUUUUUAAUUUCUUAGGAUAUGUCGUGUUCGAAAUCUAAUACGAAUAUUUAAUCUCGAACUACGUAUUUUAUCCUAAUAGAGAUAAUACAUCGAAAUUGCAAAAAAUUA